CAAGUUCACAAAACAACUGAUAAUCCCAUUUAAAGUGUUCUCAGGUUUUUUCAGAGACUUAUCGACACGUCUCACCGCCAUUAGACUGAGCAGUGAAUCUACCACCUCCUCUCCACUCUCUCUCUCUCUCUCUCUCUCCAUCAUUUCACACAUCAAAAAGAGUUGAGAUUUUCCCUUUUUCUUUUGCUUUUUAUUGCCUCCUCUGUUUCCUAUUUCUCUGAUACGUCUGAUAGAUCUCGACCCUCUGUGUUCGCUUUUCCUUAUGCGAUUGGCGCGCUAUGGCUCUGAAAACGAACGCAGAUGGUCGGACUAGGAGCUCAGUACAAAUAUUUAUUGUAGCUGGUUUGUGCUGUUUUUUCUAUAUAUUGGGUGCUUGGCAGAGAAGUGGGUUUGGGAAGGGAGAUAGUAUAGCUUUAGAGAUUACUAAGAAUGGGGCUGACUGCAAUAUCAUUCCAAGUUUAAGUUUUGAAUCCCACCAUGCUGGUGAAUCUGGGAAAAUCGAUGAAUCUGAAUCGAAGCCCAAAGUUUUCAAACCAUGUCAUCCUCGUUACACUGAUUACACCCCAUGCCAAGAUCAGAAGCGUGCAAUGACAUUCCCAAGGGACGAUAUGAAUUAUCGAGAGAGACAUUGCCCUCCGGAGGAAGAGAAGUUACAUUGCCUUAUUCCAGCGCCAAAGGGAUAUGUAACUCCAUUUCCCUGGCCAAAGAGCCGUGACUAUGUACCAUAUGCGAAUGCACCCUAUAAGAGCUUGACUGUUGAAAAGGCUGUCCAGAACUGGAUCCAAUAUGAGGGUAAAGUGUUUAGGUUCCCUGGUGGAGGAACACAGUUUCCUCAAGGGGCAGAUAAAUAUAUUGAUCAGCUUGCUUCUGUGAUACCAAUAAAGAAUGGGACAGUUAGAACUGCAUUGGACACUGGUUGUGGGGUUGCCAGUUGGGGUGCGUACUUGUUGAGUAGAAAUGUUCUUGCCAUGUCGUUUGCACCCAGAGAUUCCCAUGAGGCACAGGUCCAAUUUGCUCUUGAAAGGGGUGUACCUGCAGUUAUUGGUGUUCUGGGAACAAUAAAGCUGCCAUAUCCAUCCAGAGCGUUUGACAUGGCUCACUGUUCUCGUUGUUUGAUUCCAUGGGGAGUAAAUGAUGGAAAAUAUCUCAUGGAAGUUGACCGAGUUCUUAGGCCUGGAGGUUAUUGGGUGCUUUCGGGUCCUCCAAUCAAUUGGAGGAAUAAUUACAAAUCAUGGCAGCGUCCGAGGGAGGAGCUUGAGGAGGAACAGAGAAAGAUCGAAGAAGUUGCUAAACUUCUUUGCUGGGAGAAGAAGUCUGAGAAGGGUGAAACUGCCAUUUGGCAGAAGAGGGUAAAUACUGAUUCAUGUGGAGACAGAAAAGAUGACUCCCAUGCUACCUUUUGCAAAUCUGAUGAAGCAGAUGCCGUCUGGUAUGAGAAAAUGGAGGCAUGCAUAACUCCAUAUCCUGACAGCAACAAUGCAGAUGGAGCUGCUGGUGGGGAGCUGGAGCCAUUUCCAAAAAGGCUUUAUGCUGUACCCCCUAGAAUUGCUAGUGGGUCUGUUCCCGGAGUUUCUGUUGAGGCCUACGAGGAGGAUAACAACAAAUGGAAGAAGCAUGUAAAUGCAUAUAGGAGAAUCAAUAAACUAAUUGACUCAGGAAGGUAUCGCAACAUUAUGGAUAUGAAUGCUGGUUUGGGUGGUUUUGCUGCAGCACUUGAAUCUCCAAAAUUGUGGGUCAUGAAUGUUGUGCCCACAAUAGCUGAGAAAAAUACGCUGGGUGUCAUAUAUGAGCGAGGAUUGAUUGGAAUCUAUCAUGACUGGUGUGAAGGUUUUUCUACUUACCCAAGGACAUAUGACCUCAUUCAUGCCCAUGGUCUUUUCAGUUUGUACGAUGGCAAAUGUGAUUGGGAAGACAUUCUUAUUGAGAUGGACCGAAUUUUGCGGCCAGAAGGUGCCGUCGUAUUCCGUGAUGAAGUGGAUGUAUUGAUUAAGGUGAAGAAGAUAGUUGGAGGGAUGAGAUGGGAUACUAAAAUGGUGGACCAUGAGGAUGGUCCCCUUGUUCCAGAGAAGGUAUUGAUUGCUGUCAAGCAGUACUGGGUUGCUGGUGGGAACUCCACCUCCUCGCAAUGAAUGCCAUAAAGAAAAGCUUCAAGGCCUUCACGUGGAUCUAAGCUGGCAAUGUUCUCUGUUACAAGUCCUAACACGGAUGUGUAUUUUUCCAGUGAGCACUUUUGCUGCCCGAGUACUUCAUAUACUUCAUAGGGAGGAGGGCUUACACAACCUAUGUUUGCUAUCUGUCUUUGGCCAUUCUCCUUCGUAGUGAUUUAUAAGUAGACACAGCUACAAAGCUUUGAUUGUAUGGUUUACAGUAUCAUUCAUUUUACUAAAAUCCCUUUAUUGUCUAGUACGCCGCUAAGGCCACACAUUUGAGCAAAUACUAGCCUCCUUAGUUGACUCUCAAAAUUCUCAGUAUGAUUUGCAUCCUCCAGAGUUUAAUGAUAGUUUAUUUAUUCGUUA